UAGCACCCAGAAAUGAGCCAAAGCUGGGUUUGACCAAAGGUGAAUCUUGCGAUCCUCGAAUCAAUGGCUACAAUCCAAGAUGACGUCUGUCUCUCCCCUUCCAGGUCUUGUAGUUGAUUCUCAAUCUCUCACGCAAACCAGAAUAUCCAAGCACACAGAAGCAGCCAUGAAUCAAGUUGCUCUACUGCUUCUCUCACUCUGUUUCUUCUUCUCUGUAACCUCAGCAGCUCCUUCCCCUGCUCCGACAUGCCCGAUGGACCUCAACUAUGUCCUCAGAAUCCCAUGGAACACUUCACUCUGCAAACACACCCAAUACGAUACCAACAAAACAUUAUGCUGCCAGAACCUCCUCUCCCUCUUCGGCGUAGCGCUUGCCCAACACCUCAAAGAAACGUCUCUGUUCCAGCUCCCCGACCUCCCCACCUCCACUUCUUGUCUCCAAGAUUUCCAAUCAAAGCUCACCGCCCUCUCCUUUUCCUCCAAUCUCGUCUCCUCUUGCUUCGACCCUCUACAGUUCGUUAUCAGCCGCAACAUCUGCGCCCAGAUAGAGUCCACGCAGGACUGGGUCGGCAAGCUCGGCUCCAGCACUGCUCUGGACUCCGGUUGCCGGGCGGACCUUACCGAUCUCACUUCCUGUGAUGCCUGCUUGUCGGCCGGCCUCCAGGUUCAGCGGGAAUUGAUUUCGCUUGGCGGUAAUACCUCUCAGGCCCAAGAUUGCUUUUACUUCGCUAUUCUCUAUGCUGCUGCUUUUGUUAAUAACCUUGGACCCGAGAGCGAUGGUGCUAUGUCAUGUAUUCUCGGUUUAUCGCUUGAUUCGCAACUGGGUUCGGCGAGUAAGAGCCAUUCUGGUCUUGUUUUUGGGUUAACAGGAGCUGGGGUUGCGGUUUUGGUGAUGUCCUGUUUGUUGGGAUUUUACUUCUGGUUUGAUAGGAGUUCGAGGAGGAAGAAGAAGGCUUUGGGGGGUAAUUUCGGAAGUGGCUAUGAUUUGGAAGAACGAGGGUCUUCUAGGCCGCGUGUGAGGCCGAAUACAGGGUCGAUUUGGUUCAAAAUUCAGGAACUUGAGAAGGCAACUAACGAUUUUUCGCAGAAGAAUUUCAUCGGUCGAGGUGGAUUUGGGUUGGUUUACAAAGGGGUUUUACCGGAUGGGACUGUGGUUGCUGUGAAGAAGAUUAUAGAAUCCGAUAUUCAAGGAGAUGCUGAGUUUUGCAAUGAGGUUGAGAUUAUUAGCAAUUUGAAGCACCGGAAUCUUGUUCCGCUUAGAGGGUGUUGUGUCAUUGAUAGCGAUGAGGAAUAUGAUGAGAGGAGAAAUCAGAGGUAUCUUGUGUAUGAUUACAUGCCUAAUGGCAAUCUUGAGACCCAUCUGUUUCCCUCGGCUGAUGGUGGAAUGGGGAACAAACUAUUGACAUGGCCUCAGAGGAAAACCAUAAUAUUGGAUGUUGCCAAGGGGUUAGCUUAUUUGCACUAUGGAGUUAAACCUGCGAUAUAUCAUAGAGAUAUCAAGGCCACAAACAUCCUGUUGGAUGCAGAUUUUAGAGCAAGAGUGGCUGAUUUUGGGCUUGCAAGGCAGAGCAGGGAAGGCCAGUCUCAUCUCACAACGAGAGUUGCUGGAACACAUGGGUACUUGGCCCCAGAAUACGCGCUCUAUGGACAGCUGACUGAGAAGAGUGAUAUUUAUAGUUUUGGAGUGGUCAUUUUGGAGAUAAUGUGUGGGAGAAAAGCACUUGAUUUGUCAUCAGGAUCACCACACGCAUUUCUGAUAACAGAUUGGGCUUGGUCAAUGGUAAAAGCUGGAAAAGUAGAAGAGGCUUUUGAUGCUUCUUUGUUGAAAGAGGGGGAUUCUGUGAAUUCAAAUCCAAAGAGCAUAAUGGAGAGAUUUAUGCUCGUAGGAAUUUUGUGUGCUCAUGUAAUGGUUGCGUUGAGGCCAACCAUUAUGGAGACCUUGAGAAUGUUGGAAGGCGAUAUUGAGGUUCCACCAAUUCCAGAUCGACCAAUGCCCCUGGCGCACCCUUCAUUUUAUGGCAAUGGCAAUACUUUCAGCAUAUCACCAGCGCUGAGCGGGCCAAAAUUACAUAGUAAGGACAUGCUCAGGUAAUCAAGAAAGUAUUUUUUUUUUUUUUCUUAGUUUCUGCAUUGCCGAAAAGGAUGUAGAGAGGUGGAAGCCGUGUACAUGGAAGGCCCUUCUUUGCAUGGAUUCAAUGCGUAGUUAAGCAUUUCAAUGCAUGCAUAUUAGAGCCAUGGACCAAAGAGUAUUAUACUGUUAACUGGAGUGGAGGCCAAGAAUUUGAACCGACCAAAUAUAGGAGAAGGUUUUACUUUGUUCAUACAGUUGUAUUGCCAUGAUGGUUGGUAGAAUAUAUAUUUUUCCAUAUUAGGUUGAUUAUAUUUCCUUGUAUGAAUAUUCUCCAUUUAGGAUUGAUUGUAAUUACCAUACUUGUCUACCCCAAUUUUCUUAUAUAAAUAAGGACCUUUGUAUUGUAAACAAUAAUCAAGUUAAUGAGAGCACAAUGUAGCCUUUGAACAAUUUACAGUGGUGGACGUACGUGUCUAACACCGAAUCAGCCCAAAAUUCCUUGUGUCUUUUCUUUCUCUUUGCUUCCACUUUUCCUCUUCAUAUUUUAUUAUUCAUCAUGAAUUUCAACAAUGGUACUAGUAUGUUUCCAAAAAUUUGGGAGGCUUGGAGGAGCACAAUUGAAUAAAUUGAAGAUGGUUUAUGAGCA